AUGUUAAUCAAAUACGCCCAAGCAGUCUCUUGCCUUGCAGUCACGUGCGCAGCAGAAUGGGUUCCACGUCCAACGUCUGCGCCAGAAACAUUCCCAUCGGCUUAUAUCAAGUACUCGACUGUCCUUGGAUUGUUCCUUCAAGACGACAACGCUACGGUUCCAGGGACAUUUGAUUAUACAGCCACAAAUUUUGGAUUGAUCAAUCGUACCUACCCUACCGACACUGAGUGUGAUAACUCUUUCACCCAAUGGCAAAAAUUCGAGCACUAUGUCGAUACUCUAAAUAUCAGGAGUGGUAAAAACGUCAAUUACAAAGUCCUUUUCUUGGGUCGCCACGGUGAGGGGUAUCACAAUGUUGCAGAAUCUUAUUAUGGAACGCCAGCAUGGAACUGCUACUGGUCUAUUCGUGACGGGAACGGCACCAUAGUUUGGGCUGAUGCAAAGAUCACACUGAACGGAGUAGCACAAGCACAAAAAGCUGCAGAUUUCUGGGCCUCUCGUAUCAAGCUACAGAAGAUCCCAGUUCCUCAAAGCUACUAUGUAUCUCCUCUCACUCGCUGUCUGCAAACGGCCAACGUCACGUUCUCGCAGCUACCCUUGUCUCCUUUACACCCCUUCAUCCCCACUGUCAAAGAACUGUUCCGGGAAGGAAUCAGUGGUCACACGUGUGAUAGAAGAGGAAAUAAGACGUAUAUCCACAACGCCUUCCCCCUGUACAAGAUCGAGGCUGGCUUUUCGGAGGAAGAUUUACUUUUCAAACCGCUUGAGGGCGAGGUACCCACGGAUCAGGAUAUCAGAAGCAAGACGGUUCUGGAUGAUGUGUUUGGGAGUGACGGCCACACUUGGCUCUCAGUUACCAGCCAUUCUGGGGAAAUUGCUAGUAUCUUGAGAGUGCUUGGCCAUCGAAUAUUCAGUCUUAACACUGGAGCAGUGAUUCCGGUCUUGGUUAAGGCGGAGACGGUUUCAGGGACUCCUGUUUCGACGGCCACGGUGCCGUAUACCACGAUGUCAACUUGUAGCACGCAGCCACCUCUUCCUAUAGCUACUUCCUGA